AUGCAAUCCCCCCUUAACCCUAAACCUAAUUCUCGCAGCCGCCACCUUCCUGUUGUGCUUCCAGCCGCCACCACCCUAGUUCCGUUCAACCAAGGUCGUCGAUGGGGUUGCUGCUGUUGUCACUCCCGGUUGCCAUUCUCCUUCUGUUUCAGCGAAGAUACGCCCCAGCCGUGCCCGUCGCCAUCACAGCUCGAGUGGCUGUUUUCUUGUGGUGCUCCGGUUGCCACCAUCUCCAAUUAUGCGGCUUUUUUCCUUCCGGCGAAAUUAAGAGGACACCGUGAGCACCGCCUGCCACCAUCUUUCUUCUCCUAUUUUCGUUAGUCGUUGCUGCUGCUGUCACCCUCUUCAGUCCUAUACCGCCGCUGUCGGAUGUUGUGGGAAACAUGUUUUGGGCAGCAAGGAGCUCCCUGUGGGACGUCGGAGACCGUAGACGAGAGGUUGAACCGGAGCUGUGGUCGUAUGAAGGGCAGGUCGAACCUGCUGCUGUUGGGUUUCGUUGUGGCUAUCCGCCACCGCCGAUAAUCAUGGUUGUGGCCAUUUGGGCUGUUGCUGCCAUCAUUACACGCGACCAGGUGGUGGCCGAGCUUAUCUCGCAAGCGGAGGAGUGUUUGUGUGCGUGUGUUUCACGUGUAAGGGCUGUGAGAUCGUUCCUUGGCCGGAGAUUCGAGGAAAACCCCCGAUGCCGCCAUGCACCACCAUAGGUGGGUGUGUUUUAGUGGUUGUGUGUGUAUUAGUGUGUGCGUGUAUUAUUAGUAUGUGUGUGUUUUUGGAUGGUAUUGUAAAUUGUACAAAUGGAAUAAUGGAAAGAAAGUCAAAACCACCACCGGCCGCCGUGUCGGGUGGCGGUGUGCUUGGCUUGUUGUGUUUGACUCGUUUGGGGAAUGCUUGGCCAAAGUGGGCCCAAUGAAGCCCUAAUGGGCCCAAGGAAACCAUAAUUGACCUAAUAAAACCCUAAUGGGUCCAAUAAGGCCCAAUGUGACCUAAAAGCCCA